AUGGCUUGUCUGCAUGGUUUUAAUUUACUUGGUGGUGAAAUCACUUCAACUUCGCAGCCCAGUUUUAGCGCUUGCUGCUCAUGGUGUCAAUCGUACUCGGGUUACAAAGGUUUUACUUGGGGUUUGCCAACAGCUGGUAGUAAUAUCAAUAUAUGUUUUUUGAAAAAUAUCAACUGCACAAUCUCCCAUAAUUCGUCACAUAUUUCGAACAGGAAUCAACAGACAUCGUCAAACAUGCCAGAACCUAACGAAGACCAGGAUCCGAUCAGCACGGAAGUCACUGAAUACACCAGUGCAGCGUAUACUCCGUCUGAAGAGGCAAAAGACGAAGAGCACAAAUGA